AUGUACAGCGCUAAUUGUCGUCAAGGUAGUUUGGGAACCGCAAUAGUGCAAGGCAUUCUAGCCAAUAAACAGCGACACUUCGACACAAGUACUAUUAAAGUCACCGUCACGUCUCAGGCGUCAGCGACGGCACUGAAACAUUUGUUCGAGGCGAGGCCGCAGGUUUCCGUCUUCGAAGGUCACAACGCCAGCGUUGCGGCAGAUUCUGAUGUUAUUAUCCUUGCUUGCCCGCCCACAGCGACAUCGGAGGUGCUAAGUGAAACUGGUUUGCGGCAUGCUCUACGUGGCAAGCUUCUCAUCAGUGUCUUAGGUGGAGUUACCAGGCAGACCAUUGAAGACACGCUGCUUAACGACCAGACCCCCGAGAGAUGUUGGGUAGUCAGAGCACUUCCGAACCUCGCAGUCGCCUCAAAUGCUUCCGCAACUGCCAUCGAAGUUUCUGAUCCUCGACCACCCAAACACCUCGCCGACUUGGCCGAUGCGAUCUUCUCAGACCUCGGUGGCAUAGUUCAUGUUCCGUCAUCGCUCAUGGACGCAAGCACUGUACUCUGUGGAUCCGCGCCAGCAUUCGUUGCGCUCUUCCUGGAUGGCAUGAUCGAUGGUGCUGUAGCUGCUGGAGUUCCACGUGAGAAAGCAGAUGUGAUGGUGGCACAAAUGCUGAUGAGCACAUCUAUGUUAUUGAAGGAUCAACGAGCAUCUACUCUCAGAGAGUCUAUCUGUGCGAUGCCUGGCUGCACGGUUCAAGGGAAUCUAGCUCUUGAAGAAGGUGGCGCCCGCGGGAUUUCGGCGAAAGCGAUGAAAGUCGCUAUAGAAGCUGCAAGCAAACUUGGAUAA